AUGCUCAGAGCCGCCGCCCUCGCCGCCCUCGCUGCCUCAGCCUCCGCCUUCUCUGCCCCCUCCUCCUUCACCGGAGCUGCCCUCAAGACCUCUGUCUCCGGCAAUGUCUGCGGGCCCGUCAUGAGUGCUGCCGAUGAUGCGGCUGUCUCCCGCCGUGCUGCCCUCGGUGCCAUCUUGGCCGGAGCUGCUGCUAUCCCAGCUGCUGCCAACGCCGCCUAUGACAAGCCCAAGGACAAGGAUGCUAACUGGCAGCUCCGUCUCGGAGGUGUCGGUGUCACCAACCUCUCUGGAGGAGGAUACAACGGCCAGCGCACCAGCGCCUUCAAGAAGUCCAUCCUCUCUCCUGAGCGUGGAGCCACCAAGCUCACCCGCAGGGGACUUUCCGAUGAGGAGAUCGACAACAUCAGCUCCCUCACUGACAAGGUCAUCAAGGAGUCCGUCAUCACCAAGAAGGGAUACAAGACCUCCAACACCGUUGGAAUCAACCCGGGCUUCGGAGGAUCCUCUGGAAUCUUCACUGGUGCUAAGUAA